UCUCUCCAUAGUUCACUAGGUGAGAGAGAAACUUAAAAAUAAUGGGCUCCCUUACACAGCACAAACUUCCUAUUAUAGACUUCACUAAAGAAAACUUGAAGCCUGGUACAAGUUCAUGGCACAAGGCAAGCAAACAAGUCCUUUCUGCCCUAGAAGAGUAUGGGUGUUUCGUAGCCGUGUAUGAUGAAGUUUCAUUAGAUCUUCACGACAAAGUUUUCAACAAGUUGGAAGAGCUGUUUGAUCUCCCCACAGCUACCAAAAUGCAAAACAAGUCCAGUAAACCUUUGUAUGGCUAUGUGGGUCAAAUCCCAGUAGUCCCACUCUACGAAAGUAUGGGGAUUGAUGAUGCAAAUACACUUGAAGGAAUUCAAAACUUCAGCAAAGUCAUGUGGCCUAAUGGAAAUGAUGGUUUUAGUGAAGCAAUGAUACCAUUUUCAAAGGCAAUAUCAGAGUUAGAACAAAUGGCGGUGAAGAUGGUGUUUGAGAGCUAUGGAGUAGAGAAAUACUAUGAGCCUCACCUCAAGUCGGCCUCGUACCUAUCUCGAGUAAUGAAAUACAGAAAGCCAGAGAUGAAUGAGAGUAAUAUGGGUUUUGUAGCUCACACUGAUAAGAGCUUUAUGUCUAUAAUUCAUCAAAAACAACAAAUUGAUGGUUUGGAGGUUAAGGCCAAAGAUGGAGAGUGGUUUCGUGUUGAGCUUUCUCCUUCAUCCUUUGUAGUCAUGGCUGGGGAUGCAAUCUUGGCAUGGAGCAAUAACAGGAUUCACUCUCCUCAUCAUCGAGUCAUGAUGAACGGCGACAAAGACAGAUACUCCCUUGCACAAUUCUCAUUCAUGAAAGGGAUGGUGAAAGCACCAGAGGAAUUAGUUGAUCAUGACCACCCGUUGCAGUUUAAACCGUUUGAUCAUAUUGAGUUUCUUGAAUUCUACAGUAGACCGGAGAACAGAAGGCUGGAGAGUGCUAUUAGAACCUACUGUGGCAUUUGAGAUAUGUCUGUUGAUCCAAUAAAACUUAAUCUGUCUUAGAUUUCUGUAUGUAUUUGAUAAUUUUCCUGGUUAGGUUUGUUAAGGUUAUAUUUGUAAAAAUUAAGGAUGUGUGGUCUUUAUAGUCCUUUACCUUAAAAUGUCAUGUUAUCUAAUCUGUGUAAUUAGGUUGUUAUGUUUGGUACGCUAAAAUGGACUGGAAUAGAAAGUGUGCGUUGUUACUCAAAAGUCGGCUUGAAGUAUAUAAUAAAAGCUCUC